AUGCCAAGCGGUGGUCGCCGCCACGCAGACUACAGCUAUGGACGGUGGGAUCACGGCGGCUAUUGGCAGUGGACGCGAGAACGGUGGGCAAGUGCUUCGGCAACGGGAAGUUUCAACAUGAAUCGUGCCCAGCAGCUCCUUGGCCAGUACCGCGUCGCAGGCGAGGGGCUCUACACUCAGGCAGUCCGUGGCAAGAUACGGGAGGCGUCCUUCGCGGCCAUGGAAGAGUACGUUCAGGAAAUGCCAUGCACGCCAUGCACGACAUGGAACACGAUGGACACAAGGAUGCGGAGCUCAGAUCCUGCAAUGCUUAUGUACGAUGCGUUCGGGUGCGGGGAAAGGCUCCACUUCAUCAACGUUCCAGUUCCAGAGCCAACGCCUCCGUCGACCGACACCAAGUACUGA